AUGGAAAUAAACAGACUCGGCGUGAGGAAAGGUGCAUGGACGAAAGACGAAGAUGUCCGUCUCAGGAAAUGCAUCGAAGAAUACGGUGAAGGAAAGUGGCAUUUGGUUCCUCUUAGAGCAGGGUUGAAAAGAUGCAGAAAGAGCUGCCGUAUGAGAUGGCUGAACUAUUUGAGUCCAGAUAUUAAAAGAGGUGUCUUUACAAACGACGAAGUUGAUCUGAUCGUGAGGCUCCACAAGUUGCUAGGCAACAGAUGGUCGUUAAUCGCGGGUAGAAUUCCCGGGCGAACAGCCAACGACGUGAAAAACUUCUGGAACAGUCGCAUGGAAAAAAAGUCGACGGUCACAAGGCCCCGGCCAAUGGUACCAACGAGCACACAUGACGGGACAGAACCGAGCGAAAAUCAUGAUAAUCCCGAAAACAGUAGACAAGUCGAGGAACCGGACGAGUGCAUGCGGUGGUGGAACAGCUUGCUUCGAGUGACGACUGAGAAUGGAAAUGGAGAUUAUUCUGUGAUGAUGAUGUUGGAUUCAGUUUAG